UGAGCUCAUGAAUCAGGGGAUACUGGCUUUGGUGUCGUCGACGGGAUGUGCUGCAGCCAAUGCGCUACAGUCUCUCACGGAUGCCAUGCACAUUCCUCACCUGUUCAUUCAGAGAAACGGAGACGGCACACCCCGCGCCGAGUGCCAGCUCAAUCCCAGCCCCGACGGAGAGCGCUACACGCUGGCUGCCCGCCCUCCUGUGCGUCUGAAUGAUGUCAUGAUCACGCUCGUCUCUGAACUACGCUGGCACAAGUUCAUCGUUUUCUAUGACAGCGAGUACGAUGUGCGGGGACUGCGUGUGUUUCUGGACCAGGCUUCUCAAAUGGGUUUGGACGUGUCCCUACAACAGGUUGACCGGAAUGUGACAAAGGUCUUUUCCACUCUGUUCAGCACGAUGAGGAUGGAGGAGCUGAACCGUUACCGGGACACGCUCAGACGGGCCAUCCUGCUGCUCAGUCCCCGGACUGCCCAGGUCUUCAUACACCAGGCAGUGGAAACGAAUCUAGCAUCCAAAGAUAGUCACUGGGUGUACGCAAAUGAGGAGGUUAGUGACACAGAGAUCAUGGAGCUUGUCCACAGCGCUCUGGGCCGGAUGACAGUGAUCCGGCAGAUCUUCCCCCUGUGGAGGGACACCAACAUCCGCUGCAUGAGGAACAACCAUCGCAUCUCCUCACUGCUUUGCGACCCACAGGAAGGGUACCUGCAGUCUCUAGAGGUGUCUAGCCUGUACUUGUACGACAGUGUGCUGAUGUUGGCCAAUGCCUUCUACCGGAAAUUAGAGGACAGGAAGUGGCACAGCAUGGCCAGUCUGAACUGCAUGAGGAAGUCAACCAAACCCUGGAAUGGAGGCUGGUCCAUGCUAGACACAAUCCAAAAGGGGCGGAUUUCUGGGCUUACUGGUUUAAUGGACUUCCGAAGCAAUGGAGCGAACUCUCAUGUCCAGUUUGAGAUCCUAGGGACCAGUUACAGUGAGACGUUUGGAAAAGAUGUAAAGCGGCUGGCGACGUGGGACUCUGAUCGUGGGCUGAACGGCAGUCUGAGGGAGAACAGGGCUGAGCAUGGCAUGCAAGGAAUUACUCUGAAAGUGGUGACCUUGCUGGAGGAGCCGUUUGUGAUGGUGGCAGAAAACAUUCUAGGUCAGCCCAAAAGAUAUAAGGGAUUUUCCAUAGAUGUUCUAGACGCCCUGGCCAAAAUUCUGGGUUUUAAGUAUGAAAUAUAUCAAGUGGCUGAUGGGAAAUACGGAUCUCCUCAGGCCAAUGGGUCUUGGACUGGAAUGAUUGGAGAACUAAUUGGGAAGAGGGCAGAUGUGGCUAUUUCAGCCAUCACCAUCACUCCUGAGCGAGAGAAUGUGGUGGACUUCAGUAAACGCUAUCUGGAUUAUUCUGUGGGAAUCCUGAUGACUAAAACCGAAGAGAGACUCAACAUCUUCUCCUUGUUGGCACCGUUUGACCUGGCAGUGUGGGCCUGCAUUGCUGCUGCCAUUCCUGUGGUGGGUGUCAUGGUCUUUCUGCUCCGACGCAUCCAGUCUGUCUGCUCCCAGAAUCCUCCAGGGCCCCACCAGCCUGCUUCUGUCACGACGUCCUUCCAAAGUGCCAUCUGGAUCGUCUACGGAGCCUUUGUACAGCAAGGUGGUGAAUCCUUCAUGAGUUCAAUGGCUCUCAGGAUUGCAAUGGGAAGCUGGUGGCUGUUUACCCUCAUUGUCUGUUCGUCCUACACAGCCAACCUGGCAGCCUACCUCACCGUAUCCCGCAUGGACAACGCUGUUCGAACAUUUCAAGACCUUUCCAAGCAGACAGAGCUGAGCUACGGAACGGUGAGAGACUCUGCUGUGUUCGAGUAUUUCAGGGUGAAGCCAAACGUGAAGCGGGAUCCGUACGCCUUCCUGUGGGACAUGGCGGUGUUAGAGUACGCCGCUCUGACAGAUGAUGAUUGUACGCUGGUGGUCACAGGAAACAGCAUAAGCAGCAAAGGAUACGGCCUGGCUCUGCAGCACGGCAGCCCCUACAGAGAUCUCUUCUCGCAGAAGAUCCUUGACCUGCAGGAGAAAGGAGACCUUGACAUACUAAAGCAGAAGUGGUGGCCGCGAAAAGGUCGCUGUGACCUGGACAAGCACGCGGAGCCCCUGCCAGAGGGCCGUGCCCUGAGACUGCACAGCUUCGCUGGGGUCUUCUGCAUCCUAGCGGCAGGGCUGCUGCUGGCCUGCCUGGUGGCCGCUCUGGAGUCAUGGUGGAAUGGGCCACGCUGUCAGCGGGCACAGCCCAAAGAGGACAAAGAGGUGAAUCUGGAGCAGGUUCACCAGCGUAUGAGUGGGCUGAUGGAGGACGAUCUGGCGCACAAGCAGCUGCCAGGUCAGUCUCUGGAGAUCUCUGCCCUGGACAUGGGCAGCAUGCGGCCACAUCAGAGCUCCCGGGAAGCCAUGAGAGAUUUCCCCCCUGGGGGCCUGUCCGUGACUUCCUUCCUCCAGGAGGGUCCUGGGGUCGGCCGCAUGCCCGGACGGAGCCUCCCCCUCCCUCUCAGCAGUUCCACUCUGCCACCCUCCAUGCGCUGCAAACACCGGGCGCCCAACGGAGGCCUUUUCCGCCAGAGCCCCAUAAAGACACCUAUGCCCAUCUCUUACCAGGCAGUGCCCAGGGGACCCAUCCCAGAAGCCAUUGAUCCAAGCCAUGGGACCUCUAUUUGAGCCGACCGGUCUGAGCGUUCUAAAGACUGUCAACCAGCCAAUCACAAAAACCAGGUUUGGAACAGGUCUGGUUGCAUUUAUACAAUUACAUACAUACAAACAGAUAUGGAGAUCUCUCUUUUUUUUCAGUACAGAUACAUACGACUGUGAGACGCUGACUUUUCUUUGCCUGUACAUAUUUGU